UAUAGACAGGAGCCAGGAGAGGAGCUGGAGCGACUGCCCGAUCCGUUGUCCGUCAUGAGCUUCUUCCGAGCGGCGCUGCUCUCCUUUCUUCUCGUGUCUGUGAGCUGGUCCAGAGGGGCGGUCAUCACAGGAGCUUGUGAACGAGACAUGCAGUGCGGUUCGGGUUUCUGCUGUGCCGUCAGUCUCUGGCUGAGGGGUCUGAGGAUGUGUGUCCCGAGGGGCACGGAAGGGGACCAGUGCCACCCGCUGAGCCACAAGGUUCCCUUCUUCGGCAAAAGGCAGCACCACACGUGCCCCUGCCUCCCUCACUUGUUGUGCGCCCGCUACGCCGGCAGCAAGUACAGAUGUACCGACGACUACAAAAACAUUGACUUUCAAUAAAGGGCCAGACGGGUCACCUUCGGAACGAACACACACGGUGGUGGCUCGCUGGCCCAAGUGUGACCCGGCUGUCUGUGGAUUUUCAAAAAUCAAAGUCUUAUGUCAGUUGCACAAGAAAUGCGCUUUUUGUCUUGAUUGUCGUCUCGUACACGCCGCAGGGAGGCACGUGCAAGUGGAUCCUACCGAAACGAGCUACGCGAG